CGACCACGUGGGAAGGUUUUUUUUGCCGAGGUAGCAAAACAUCCGCAGUGCCGCUCGCUGGUCUGGCAGCGAGUAUGAAAACAACUUUAUUUUCUUCAUUUCUGGCGUGAAACAAUCUGAAAAAAGGGCCCUCGGCGCUUUCGCUCCCACGGUCACUUUUUCCAGAACAUGCCUCACGACCCCGACCCUCCUCCGGCUAAAAGAUUCAAGCCGGGAUCCGUGUUUUUCCGCCUCGAUAAGAACAAGCCUGGAAUGCUGCUGCCUAGAAAGGGGAAUGCGAGCACUCCGAUAGACGUCCAGAGGAAGCAGCUCCCCAUCUAUCAAGCGAAGCCGCAGCUGCUGAGCCAGCUGAGGCAGCUGCACGGUGCUGUCCUCAUAGGUGAGACCGGCUCUGGGAAGACCACUCAGAUCCCUCAGUAUUUGUACGAGGCUGGCAUCGGGCGGCUGGGCAUGAUCGCCAUCACUCAGCCCCGAAGAGUUGCUGCCAUCUCGCUGGCAGGAAGGGUGGCGGAGGAGAAGAGGACUCAGCUGGGGAAGCUGGUUGGCUACACGGUGCGUUUCGAGGAUGUCACCUCCCCUGAGACGAAGCUGAAGUUCAUGACUGAUGGUAUGCUCCUGCGCGAGGCCAUCGGAGACCCCCUGCUGCUGCGCUACACCGUGGUGGUCCUGGAUGAAGCUCAUGAGCGCACUGUGCACACCGACGUGCUCUUCGGCGUGGUUAAGACGGCUCAGCGCAGGCGCAAGGAGCUUAACAAGAUUCCCUUGAAGGUCAUAGUGAUGUCGGCCACCAUGGAUGUGGAUCUGUUCUCCGAGUACUUCAACAAGUCCCCCGUGCUGUACUUGGAAGGCAGGCAGCACCCCAUUCAGAUCUACUACACCAAACAGCCGCAGUCAGACUACCUGCAGGCUGCUCUGGUCUCCAUCUUCCAGAUCCAUCAGGAGGCUCCUUCAUCACACGACAUCUUAGUCUUCAUGACGGGCCAGGAGGAGAUCGAGGCGCUGGCGAGGACGUGUCGGGACAUUGCCAAGCAUCUGCCUGACAGCUGUGGCCCGAUGGUGGUUAUCCCACUAUAUGCAUCUCUGCCCCCAACACAGCAGCUCAGGGUCUUCCUGCCAGCUCCAAAGGGCUGCAGGAAAGUCAUUCUCUCCACAAACAUCGCCGAGACAUCCGUCACAAUCUCUGGGAUCAAAUACGUCAUAGACACGGGGAUGGUGAAGGCCAAACGUUUCAGUCCAGACAGCGGCCUGGAGGUGUUGGCGGUGCAGCGUGUUUCCAAAGCGCAGGCGUGGCAGCGAGCAGGCCGGGCCGGCAGGGAGGACUCCGGCUUCUGCUAUCGUCUUUACACCGAGCAGGAAUUUGACAACCUCGUCCCCACGACUGUUCCUGAGAUUCAGAGGUGUAACUUGGCAGGUGUGAUGCUGCAGCUCAUGGCUCUGGGGAUUCCAGACGUGACAAAUUUUGAUUUCAUGUCCAAACCGUCUCCAGAGGCCAUCCGUUCUGCUGUGGAUCAUUUGGAGCUGCUGGGAGCUGUGGAGAAGAAGGACGGGCAGGUUUUCCUCACCACUCUGGGAAAGAAGAUGGCAAGCUUCCCUCUGGAGCCCAGAUAUGCCAAAACCAUCCUGCUGUCCCCGGACUACUCGUGCUCUGAGGAGAUUUUGACCAUCGUGUCGCUGCUGUCCGUGGACACCGUGCUGUACAACCCGCCGGCCCGGCGGGACGAGGUGCUCGCAGUGCGCAAGAAGUUCAUGUCCAGUGAAGGAGACCACAUGACACUGCUGAGCAUUUACAGAGCGUUCAAGAAAGUCAGCGGUAACAAGGAGUGGUGUCGGGAGAACUUCGUCAACAGCAGGAACAUGGGCCUCGUGAAAGACGUCCAGGCACAGCUCAAAGAAAUCUGCCUUAAGCUGAACCUGAAACUGGAAUCGUGUGGAGCAGACACGGCGAGCGUUCGCCGCUGCCUUGCCCACGGGAUGUUUGUCAACGCUGCGGAGCUGCAGCCCGACGGCAGCUACUUGGCUCUAGACACCCACCAGCCCGUGGCCAUCCACCCGUCCUCCGUCCUUUUCCAGGCCAAGCCAGCGUACGUCGUCUUCAACGAGCUGCUGCACACCUCCCGCUGCUACAUGAGAGACCUCUGUUUGGUCGAUGCCGACUGGCUGCUGGACGCGGCGCCCGAGUACUUUGGCCGCAAACUCCACCUCAACAAGAGCUAACCAACGAAGAAACACCUGCCACAAACACUCUUAUUGCAAGUUGGUGCAGAACGUUUGCUGUGUCCUAAACUACUCUGGAUUUCACUACCUCCCAGUUGACAAGCGUCGGGCAUGUGUCACUGAAGCAGAAGUCUGCAGAUCCAAGUUUGACUGUCAUUCCAGUUUUAUGAGCUGUAAUUUCUUCUUCUCAUCGUUGAGCCACACGGUCGGCCUGAAAAGCCAGUUUGCUUUGAUUCGUUCAGUAGUUGCAUGCAUUUAUACACCACAGGUAACCUCAAAGGAGCACAGCACGGCUGUUUUCCACCAUGUUGUUCUUCAUUGCUACCAAAUAGCCAUGAAAACGCUACAGCAGACAGAUUAGUGGCUGCUCUGCUCUGAAGGAUGCUGAUGCGAGUCCAAAGUAGGAGUUGUUCAGGAGCUUUG